GUCGUCGUAACGGCUGUUCCGUGACAGUCGGUGAAAAAACGACGGCGUGUCACGGUGGCACGGUGGCAGCGAACGAGUUCGCCAGGCUUUCGUCAGUGAUCCCUUUUUCUUAGAAUCGUUCACGGUUUUCCACGCCACGGCGACAAUGAGGAAACUCUACUUACUGUUCGUGGGGUUAUUCUUGUUAGCGGGAUUCGUCCGGGCUGAAGAUGAGGUUGAGGAGAAUGCCGGUACUGUGGAGAGUGAUCUUGGCGCCAGCCGCGAAGCGUCGCGAACAGACUAUGAGGCUGUACAAAGAGAGGAGGAAGCAAUAAAGAUUGAUGGUCUAAAUACUGCCCAGAUAAAAGAAUUAAGAGAAAAGGCUGAGAAAUUUGCGUUUCAGACCGAAGUCAACCGCAUGAUGAAACUUAUUAUCAAUUCUCUCUACCGUAAUAAAGAGAUUUAUCUCAGAGAAUUAAUAUCAAAUGCAUCUGAUGCACUAGACAAGAUCAGAUUAUUGUCUCUCACUGAUAAAAGUGUUCUGGAUACAAAUACCGAAUUGGCUAUUAGAAUAAAAGCAGAUAAGGAGAACAAAAUAUUACACAUAAUGGAUUCUGGUAUUGGCAUGACGAAGCAAGACCUAGUGAAUAAUCUUGGAACCAUUGCAAAGUCUGGCACAGCCGAGUUUCUGGGAAAAAUGCAGGAAGUGACAAGCACUCAGGAUAUGAAUGAUAUGAUUGGUCAGUUUGGUGUGGGUUUUUAUUCCGCGUACUUGGUAACGAACGUUGUUGUCGUUACCACUAAGCAUAAUGAUGAUAAACAGUAUAUUUGGGAAUCUGAUAGCUCAAACUAUAGCAUUGUUGAAGAUCCACGGGGAAAUACUUUGAAAAGAGGAACGACUGUGAGUUUACAUUUGAAGGACGAAGCGUUAGACUUCCUAGAGCCAGAUACAAUAAAGACCUUGGUAAAGAAAUAUUCACAGUUUAUCAAUUUUCCCAUAUAUUUGUGGAAUAGCAAACAAGUACAAGUCGAUGCGGAAGAAAUGGAAGAAGAUAAGUCUGUAAAGGAGAAAAAUGAUAGCGGUAGUGAUACCAAAGAUAAGGAAGAUGAGGAAGAUGAUGCUAAGGUGGAAGAGGAUACGGAUGAGAAGAAACCUAAGAAAGUGGACAAGACCGUUUGGGAUUGGGAAUUGUUGAACGACUCGAAACCAAUUUGGACACAGAAACCAAAUGAAGUUGACGAGAAAGAAUAUAUUGAGUUUUACAAGACACUCACGAAGGAUAAUCAGGAACCUUUGGCGAAAACGCAUUUUAUUGCAGAGGGUGAAGUCACGUUCAAAUCUGUUCUGUUUAUUCCAAAGGUUCAACCGAGCGACAGCUUUAAUCGUUAUGGCACCAAGUCCGACAACAUCAAAUUGUAUGUCAGGCGAGUCUUCAUUACUGAUAAGUUCACCGACAUGAUGCCGAAUUACUUAUCUUUUAUUCGUGGCAUCGUGGACAGCGACGAUCUACCGCUUAACGUUUCACGCGAGAAUCUCCAGCAGCACAAAUUGAUCAAGGUUAUCAAGAAGAAACUCAUCAGGAAGGUACUGGAUAUGAUCAAGAAGAUCCCAAAAGAGGAUUAUCAAACGUUCUGGAAAGAAUAUAGCACAAAUAUCAAAUUAGGCAUAAUCGAGGAUCCUCAGAAUCGUGCAAGAUUAUCCAAAAUGUUGCAAUUUCAUUCGUCAUCGCAGAAAGAAAUAACCUCCCUGCCUGAAUACGUAUCCCGCAUGAAGCCUAAUCAGCAGCAUAUCUACUAUAUUGCUGGUUCAUCCGAGGACGAGGUGAAGAAAUCGCCAUUUGUCGAACGGCUGGAGAAGAAGGGCUAUGAGGUGCUGUACCUGACAGAAGCGGUGGACGAGUACGCGAUAUCGGCAUUACCAGAGUUUGAUGGUAAGAAAUUCCAGAAUGUUGCAAAGGAAGGUUUCACGUUGGACGAGGGAGAACGAGCGAAAGAACGAAUGGAACAAUUGAAGACGAUGUUUGAACCUUUAGUCAAAUGGCUGAAUGACAUUUUGAAGGAUCAGAUCAGUAAGGCGCAAGUGUCUGAACGUCUGACCGAUUCGCCUUGUGCCUUGGUCGCCAGCAUGUUUGGCUGGACUGGUAAUAUGGAACGUUUGGCGAUCUCGAACGCACAUCAGAAGACCGAUGAUCCGCAGAAGAGCUACUAUUUGAACCAGAAGAAGACGUUGGAAAUUAACCCAAGGCAUCCACUCAUCAGAGAACUGUUACGUAGAGUUGAGGUCGAGUCGUCCGAUCAGACAGCUAAGGACAUGGCACUGAUGAUGUUCCAUACGGCAACUUUGCGAUCGGGUUACAUGCUACGGGAGACUGCCAGUUUUGCAGAUAGCGUGGAACAACUAAUGAGGAAGAGCUUAGGUAUCUCUUUAGAUGAGGUACCCGAGGAGGAGGAAUCGCAGGACGAAGAAGCAAGUAACGAGAAGGUGUCAGACGUCGAUGCUGAGGACGAAAAAAAAUAUGAGGAAGAAGAGGAGGAGGAGGAGGAGAAACACGACGAGUUGUAAUAAUAGAAUGUAAAGCGAUAUUCGAAAGACUUGAUCUAGAAGCGUAGCUAUACAAUGUAUAGUUACCUUAAAUUCUCUCAAAUGCGACUUUCAUUGUCGCAAGUUUGUAAACAAUUUAAAUAUGUACAAUUUGAUAAAUAUGUUAAUUCAGUUUGAUAUCGUGGAAAUUUUCAACAUUGUCAACAUUGUAAAAGCAAAGUAGCUAAAUUCUUUUUCUAAAUAUAUUUUCAUUUUGAUCUUCCACAUCUUUUUAGUAACGCGAAGAAAGUACUGAUUAAGUGUUACUGAUAUAUGGUAUGUUUGUGAUAUGUGUGAGUGUAUUUGUACAUGAAAUAUACAAAUUAUAUUAAAGUAUAUCGACAGUA